AUGGCCCUGUAUUCCUGCAUCUCCGACUAUGGAGAGAGUAUGUGGCAGAUCAUUCGAGCCCAUCCCUGGGCCAGUAUUGGUGUUGGACUUCUUCUAACCAGCGCGAAGAGUCUACCGCUGAUGUGGCAUGCUCGACUUAUUGUCGCUGUUCUAUACCAUUCCGUCACGAAAAAGUCCGAUGUCAUUACUGCGGCUAAGCACGGAGGGCAGGGUAUUUUUGGAUACAUCGUGACCAGCUCCCGCAGUCCAUUAUACGAGUGCGACAUCAAUGGCCACAAAUCCGACAGUACCUACUUCAGUGAUCUCGACAUCAACCGCAUCCACCUUCUCACGAGGCUUUUCAAAGGUGCGGGCGAUCUUUCUCUGCGCCCGACUCGAAAGAGCUCCAAAAGCCAGAAAGAUCGGCCCAAGAAGAUGCGAGUAUUACUUGGAGGAACCUGCUGUACAUUCCGGAAGGAAGUCAAGCCGUACUCCGCCUACGAGAUUCACUCGCGAGUCCUCGCCUGGGAUGAGAAAUGGUUAUAUGUUGUGAGCUACUUUGUCAAGCCGGGAUCGGCGAGGAAAAUGCCCAAGAUCCAGGCAUCCAAGGCUGAUCAUCCGGAGAAGCGGGAGGAGGUUGCGGCCCUGGCGAAAGGGAUGGUCUUCACUUCGGCAAUUACCAAAUUUGUGUUCAAAGAAGGUCGCAAGACUAUUCGUCCGGAGGAUGCUCUAGAAGAAAUGGGACUUUUGCCCGAUAAAGCCACUUUAGAGGCUGUUACUUUGGCGAACGGGGACAUGGCCUGGAGCUGGGAACAAGUUGAAAAGGAGCGGGAGGCAGGUAUGAGGACCGCGCAACAUCUGAUUGCGCUGGAUGAUCUGCAUGAUCAAUUUGAGGAUGUUUCGAGUUACCCGUCUCUAGGGAAGUUCGGCCUCGUUGGAAAGUUAUUCUGA